GAGAAGGGGUGUUGGGCCUGGCGGGCUGACCCGGGCUGGGGACUGCUGGGCGGUUUCACGGGGCGGGGUCCGGAGAGCUGCGGGGCCCGGGCGUCUGGGGUUCACGCCACACUCCCCAAGAGGUGCCUGAAGGAGCGGGCCGGCGAGGGGUGGCGGUCCGCAAGCAGGGACCAUGGGGUGCUUCUUUUCCAACAGGCGGAAGGCUGAGAAGGAGUCGCAGCCCGAGGGCGAGGGGGAGCAGCCGAAGCAGUACAGCUGGGACCAGCGCGAGAAGGUUGAUCCAAAAGACUAUAUGUUCAGUGGACUGAAGGAUGAAACAGUGGGUCGCCUACCUGGCCAAGUGGCAGGACAACAGUUUCUCAUUCAGGACUGUGAGAACUGUAACAUCUACAUUUUUGAUCACUCUGCUACCAUCACUAUCGACGACUGUACUAACUGUGUAAUUUUCCUGGGACCUGUGAAAGGCAGUGUGUUUUUCCGGAAUUGCAGAGAUUGCAAGUGCACGUUAGCCUGCCAACAGUUUCGUGUGAGGGACUGUAGAAAGCUGGAAGUCUUUUUGUGCUGUGCCACUCAACCCAUCAUUGAGUCUUCCACAAACAUCAAGUUUGGCUGUUUCCAAUGGUACUACCCUGAAUUAGCAUUCCAGUUCAAAGAUGCGGCGUUAAGUAUCUUCAAUAAUACUUGGAGCAACAUUCAUGACUUUACACCUGUGUCAGGAGAACUCAACUGGAGUCUUCUUCCAGAAGAUACUGUAGUUCAAGACCAUGUUCCCCUACCUACCACUGAAGAGCUCAAAGCUGUCCGCGUUUCCACAGAAGCCAAUAGAAGUAUUGUUCCAGUAUCUCGGGGUCAGAGACAGAAGAGCAGUGAUGAAUCAUGCUUAGUGGUAUUAUUUGCUGGUGAUUAUACUAUGGCAAAUGCCAGAAAACUAAUUGAUGAGAUGGUUGGUAAAGGCUUUUUCCUAGUUCAGACAAAGGAAGUGUCAAUGAAAGCUGAGGAUGCUCAAAGGGUUUUUGGGGAAAAAGCACCUGAUUUCCUUCCUCUUCUGAACAAAGGUCCUGUUAUUGCCUUGGAGUUUAACGGAGAUGGAGCUGUAGAAGGAUGCCAACUUAUUGUCAGUGAGAUAUUCAAUGGGACCAAGAUGUUUGUAUCAGAAAGCAAGGAGACAGCAUCUGGAGAUGUAGACAGCUUCUACAACUUUGCUGACAUACAGAUGGGAAUAUGAAGUGCAAUGUGGAACCAAGGACUUGGUAUUAAGCCCUUUUUAAUUUGUGUAUUAACAAUGGUUUUUACUAAUGAUAAAACUGUUAAUGUUUAUUUCUUAGUAAACUGUUGAAUACUGCAUCAUUUACUUCAGGUUCAAAAAUAGUUUGUUUUGGGGCACCUGGCUGGCUCAGUUGGUAGAGCAUGCAUUUUGAUCUUAGGGUCAUGAGUUCAAGACCUGUGUUGGGCAUGGAGCCUACUUAAAAAAAAAAGUUCAUUUUAAAUUUAGUAGUUAUAAUCAGCUUAAAAACUGUUUAACCUGCUUCAAUAAGGCUGUGGUUUUCUUUCCUUGCUUAUGAUACCAUUAUUAGAACAUAGAAGUGGCUAGCAGUUCAUGAUUUUAAUCCUCAUUAAAUAUUCUUUCAAAUCUCUAAGAAUUUAAACUUUUCUCAGUGCUCCAUAUAUUAUUUGAGAAUGCAUUCCAUUGCUUCUUUUCUUUUUUAAUUUAGAGAGAUCUGUUAGUAGUUGAUCAAUUAGAAUGAACCUCUGUACAUUUUUUUCAUGUAUACAUAGCCAGUUAAAUAAUUGCUUCCUAGUUGCAUAAUGUGGCAAAUGAGAUUUUGUACAUGGAAUUGAUAUAAGACUGUGUAAAUUGAUUUUUUUUAAUUAAUAGGAAUUUGAUAACCAUUUUGCAAUUAACUCUACUAACUGAUAUUGGUAUAGCUGUUUAAAGACUACUUUGUGAGUAGUAUGAUUAUUUGAAUAAAUUCCACACCAUGUAGUUUUUUUAAUACAACUGCUAAAAUGACACUUCUGCUUCCUGGUAAGAAAAUACUAAAAUCUAAAAGCAUAGAAGCCUGAUGAGCACUGGUAGGUUUCAGAAAGGUGAAAUCACCAGCUCUUAGGAGUUAGCAGAAUUAAAACCUUGUGACAGUUAGGUAUGAAGUGCUUAGGCAUGAUGAUAAGCUAUGCAGAUUUUUUGUAAAAAAAAAUCUAGAUAAAUUUGAUUUUCAUUAGAUAUACCAUUAAUCAAGUAAUAAUGUUCAAGUAUGAUGAAAUUGCUUUUGGCUGCUUUAAAGCAUUAUUUCCCAAAUCAACUUGACUAUAAUAAUUUACCAGGAGGCAGGGGAGAGUUACUUGUUUAAAAAUCCACAUCCUUGAACCCAGUACCCAAAUAUACUGAUUCAGUCACCAGGGGAAAGCCAUUUGUGAGGAGUUUGUUGUAACCUAAAGUAAUCAUUUCAGAAGAUGUGGAUAGGGCAAUCUGGAGAGAAGGUCUGGACCUGCCAUGUACAUCAUGUAAUAACAGCUAAUAGGAAAUUAGCUUUCAGAGGUCUAUUUUUAAAAGAAACCUUAAAAAAAAUAAAAAAAAUAAAAGAAACCUUAAAUUUAAAUCUAUUUUGGUAAAACCAAGACUGAAAAUAGCCACUUAUAAAAAUCCCUCUUAUGGUUGUUACUAAAAGGAUAUUUUCGUGUGUAAACUGCUUUUGGAUAUUUUCAAAUUAAUUUAUAACUACUACAUUGAACUGUGUGUUGAUGUUCAGAAAUAAUACAUUCAAAUACUUUUCAUUUUAAAUUAAUGAGUAAAAUUGACUACCUACCCUGUGUCUGGCCUUGUGCAAACCAUUAGCAUUGUAUCAUUUCAGUCUUUUCUAAGAGCAUUCUAUACUACAUAAUCAACCUCCUCUAAAUCAAAAUGAUUUCAUGAGAUGCAAAUUAAAAUUGGUGACAGGGGGAUCCCUGGGUGGCGCAGCGGUUUGGCGCCUGCCUUUGGCCCAGGGCGCGAUCCUGGAGACCCGGGAUCGAAUCCCACGUCGGGCUCCCGGUGCAUGGAGCCUGCCUCUGUCUCUCUCUCUUUCUCUCUCUGUGACUAUCAUAAAUAAAUAAAAAUUUAAAAAUAAAAUAAAAUAAAAUAAAAUUGGUGACAGGUUUAACAUAAUUUUGAUCAUAAUUUACAAAUAAGCUUUGCAAUUAGUGGUCAGAGGGCAUUAAUUUUUUCCAUGGUUAAGCUAAAUUAAACAUAUUUCUUCUGAUUGUGAUUACAUUAUUAAACCCCAUUAUUCAUAUUUUUUGUUUUUCAAAAUAUAAUACAAUGUUACACAAAGCUGUAAACUGAGUUCUUUAUUUUAUCUAUGGUACUUAAGCAAAAAACUCAGGAAUAUAGCAUAUAAGGGAGAUGUUAAUUUUUAAAUACUCACUAAAUUUAGUAUCUAUUAACCAAAGCCUAAAAUUUUACAUUCUUCAGUUGGCUAAGAGCUUUUACCCAAGCUUAAUUUGUCUUUAGGGACAGUCAUUUGGCUUCUGAAUGUUUAAAAAGAUUUUUAAAAAUAAGUAGUACUAUGGUUGUUUCUGUAGUUCCAAACUUUGAUAGUAAUUAUACUGCAUUUCAUUUUUUAAUAGCUUUUGAAUUCAUGAACAUUUAUUAGCAAUGAAAUAUUAGUAAUUUUAUUGUUAUACAUGUUUAAACAUUAUAUUAGCUUAUUUCUCCUGUGUUAUUAGUACUGCUUUUUGCUUCUGUAUAUUUCUGUCUAGCUUUUGUAUGUAAUUUAUAUCUAGUGUUUAUAAAACGUGAUUUGUAAUAAAUGUUGUUAAAAUGAAAAUGGCUGGGGUGCCUGGCUGGCUCAGUUGGUUGAGCAUGCGACUACUGAUCUGGGUCGUGAGUUUAGGCCCCACAUUGGGGGAUAGAGUUUACUUUAAAAAAAUUAAAUGAAAAUGGCUUAACACUAAUUUUUGAGGUCCACUGUAUAACAUACAUCUUCUCAUACAUGUGCCAAGAUUUGAUCAUGGCACAAAUUUUUCUUAAUUUAAAUUCAAUUGGCCAACAUAUAGUACAUACUAUAGUUUCAGAUGUAGUGUUCAAUAAUUUAUCAGUUGCAUAUAACACCCAGUGCUCAUCAUGGCACAAAUUUCUUAAUGAUAGAAGUAUAAUAGAAUGGUCUAAUCUCUGUCUUAUGUUAGAACUGUGUGCCAUGUGUGUGCACGCUCACAUGUGUACACAAAGCACUCUAGAGAAACGCAAAGGAAAUAGAAAACUUGUUUUAAUCUAAGGAAUAAUGCUUCCUUUGUUAAAAGAUACAUUUUAUUAUGGUUGAAUACUUACUAAGAUUAUGCAUUUCUCUCUUCCAUGUUUAAGAAAAUAAUGAACCAUGAUAUAAUUUCUUUCAGGUUUAUACAAAUGGACCUUAUUUUUAAAUUACUACCAAAUUUACCAGCCAUCUGUACCCAACCUCUCCCUCUCCUAGCCCAUAAAUCAGAAGUACUAAAAAUGUAGAUUGGUUAGUUUUUUAAAUAAAAUCUGAAAUACUGAAACUACAAAUUGGUUAGUUUUUAAAUGACAUUCUUUAUUAUUUUUUUCUAUGUAUGAAGCUUUUUGUAUAUUUAGAGCAUGGGUGGAAAUAGAAAUGUACAAGACAAUAGAAAAAUUACUUCUUAUUUAUUGGGUAAUUCUUGCUGUGCUGAGUUUAAAAUUUAUUUUUCUUAAAUGAGAAAAAUGUCCUUUAAAAAGGACAUUUAAUUUUGUUCUCUAUAUAGAGAAAUGAUAUUGUAAUUAGGGCAUAAUUACUCCUUCAAAGUUCAUUCUAGAAAGUAUUUUAUCCUUUAAAAGUCUAACACUAAAAAUUUGAAUUUUAGUAAUGAAACCACCCCCCUUUUGUGUGUGUGUGUGUGUGUGUGUGCGCGCGCGCGCGCACAUGUGUGAAAAUGGAGUAAUACACUGUUGACUUGGUUUUCUUUUUUGGUAGAUAGUGUUGGAGGGAAUCAGCAAUCAGUCCUACAUCAGAGGGAAAGCAGGAAGCCUUUAAACUACAUCUUUCUCUUUUGACAUUUUGGCUUUUAAUGGCAAACUCCUGCAAGAUGUUCCAAAAAGCAGUCUCUUCCUUUUUUAAUGUUUAGGGGCUUUCCUGGUGAGGGUGGGUUCUCAUCUAUAAAUAGAUAAUGAGAGAACAGGAGCACAGGUCAGCAAGAGCCCUGGCAUUGUCACCUGGGCUCUGAUCCUCCCAGUGGGGCCUGCCUUCCCCCAUUUCAGUUUAAUCUGGUCUACUCGCAGUUGUACUAAUGAAA